CACACACUGAUAGUACAAGGGAGGAGGAGGAGGAGGAGGACGUGGGUUGAGAAGCGUCGCGUGCUGCUGCGGCUAUAGGUCAUUAAGGCGCGCGGUUUGUUCGUUGCUGAACAGACGCAGAUCGGUGUGUGAAUGAGAGUUCUAGGAGGAGAGAGAGAGACGACAAUGAUCCGUAACUGGUGUGUCUGCGUGUGAGAGGAGAGAAGAGGAGCGGGAGUUGGAGAGACAGCGAGAGACAGACAUGGAGGACUCGGAGCCUGGUGGGGAAGACGGUAUGGUCAGCGGCUGGCGGUGGAAUAACCGGAACACCGGAGCUCGAGACCAGGUUCAGCUCAGGCAGAAGAUCCGGGAUUUACCAGGACUGUUGAAACAUGGACUGCACCUACGGAAGAAAAGCCAGUCACCUGAUACCAUCCCAGGACCCAGCACAAGCCCUACUGUUCACAAGUCCUGCUCCCAGAGUUUCCCUUGUGCAGGGCGUGCGGUGAGAAAUGCUUUCCUGUCUAAUGGGCCCUACCCUGCUAAAGACAAGAUUCACCUUGCCAGGAUCAUAAGGCGUAGCUACGUGGGUGUAGACCUGGUUCAGUGGCUGUGUGAGCAGUGUGUGUACGUGCGCUGUCGGAGCAUGGCCGUGCGUGUCUGGCAGGUCUUACUGGAGCUGGGCAUCCUGCUGUCUGUGGACCAGCGCGUGGUGUUUGGGGACUCUAACUCCUACUACCAGUUCAGCUUUGAGGAGUGUGAGUCUGCAGCCUGCGAGUUCUGCGGCCUAGAGAAGGAGGCGUGGCCAGAGGCUGUUAGGCUCCUCCUACAGCUUGUCCCAUACGUCCAGUUCAGAACUGGGUCUGAGGAGGACUCAGAGGGAAACAGAGAUGUCUGUGGGGACAGCUUUCUCCAGAUGAAAGCACUAGAUAGGCUCACCUCCACGGUGCAGAAUGAGUUGGCUGUUGCUCUCGCCCGCAAGGCUCGCAAAGCCAUGGCAGAGCAGGGUGGCCCAGAGUCACCAGACGCCAUCCCCCGGGAGACACCCACACCCAGCGACGAGAACACCACGCCCCCCUCCUUACAGCUGGGGGGGGGGUGUUCGCUCCGCGGCAACGUGGGGAGUGUGUGUGUGCGGCCGGACGGUGUGUGUGGCCGUGAGGAGCUGACCAGACUAGAGCUGGUCCAGAGACUGGCUAAGGACGGCUGCAGACUGCUGCAGAACCAGAACUAUAGAGUACCAGACCACCGCAACCCCACCGGAGAGGUGGUAGGGAGGGUGUGUCUUAAGGAAAGGGGGCGGGAUGUCCUUGUGCUACAGAGAGUGCCAUCAUCAGUGACAUCAUCACCUAAUCCCGCCUCAUCGCCAUCAGGGGGAGGCGCAAGAGAAGAAGAUGGGGAGAAGAGGUAUGUGGUGGUGUCUGGAACACCACUGAAGAUUCUAGAACACCUGCUGAGUGACCUACGACUGGACGACCAGAGAGGAACGCCAGAGAGUAAAGAGUCUGAGAUGCUGCUGGAUGACUUCCUGUUGACGUACCUGGUGUUCAUGACGACCAACGACCUCUGUCAGGCCCUGCUCGGACACUACAGCAGUAAGCGUGUGCGUCAGGAGGAAGGGAAGGAGGCCCUCUAUAGGAAGAGGAAGGUAUUACACCUGGUCUCUCACUGGACACGCCUAUAUAAGGACUUCCUACGAGAGGACGAACACAUCAAGACAUUCAUGAAGACUCUCUCUAGGUGUGUGUUAGAGGAUCUUUAUGAGUUUCCAUCUCUGGAGAAAGACAUGAAGGAGUUCCAGAAGCUUCUACGACGCAGACACACUGUGGAUGAAUGUCCUCCACAGCAAAAGAGUAAACCUAUGUUCCAGCAGCUCAGUUUGAAAGAGAACAGUCUUCCGCUCCGUACCCCUCAGGUUGACACCAAGGAGGUGUUGUGUCGUGUGUAUGUGAGUGCUGACUCCUACCUGUGUGUUUACACACACUCUUUGCUGAGCGUCGCAGAGCUGCUGAGGGUUGUGGGUCAGAAGAUGGACCGACCAGAAGAGGACAUGGUGCUGGUCACACACACGCACACUGGAGAGAGGAGGGUGUUACAGGCUGGUCAGUGUGUGUAUUCUGAGACUCUGACGCCACAGAGCAAACUGAUGGUCUGUCAGAGGGACCUCACACAUAUUAUGGCCCCUCUAACAGACAGUGAGCUGAGUAGGAGAACAGUGAGGUUGCUGGGUAUCAACACCUGGGAUAUGGCUGCUGCUCUCACACAACUGGACUGGAACCUCUUUAACUACAUACACGAGCAGGAGUUGGUGUAUUCCACAAUGAGCUGUAGUACCGGAGGCAGCCACCGGGAGGGGCUGUCUGUAUUACUGCAACGCUGUAACGAGGUCCAGCAGUGGGUCAUGUCUGAGGUCCUGAUGUGUGUGUCGCUCAACAAACGAGUCCAGCUGCUCAAGAAGUUCAUCAAGAUUGCAGCGCACUGUAAGGCCCAGAGGAACCUGAACUCAGCAUUUGCCAUCAUCAUGGGACUAAACACUGCAGCUGUCAGUAGACUCAAUAUAACCUGGGAGAAGGUUCCGGGGAAAUUCAAGAAGAUUUUCUCUGAACUGGAGUUGAUCACAGACCCGUCUCUGAACCAUAAAGCCUACAGAGAUGCCUUCAAGAAGAUGAAGCCUCCUAAGAUCCCUUUCAUGCCCCUGCUGUUGAAAGACAUCACCUUCAUCCACGAGGGAAACAAAACCUUUCAGGACAACCUGGUGAACUUCCAGAAACUGCACAUGAUCGCCGACAUAGUGCGUCUGAUUCGCCACUGCCAAAGCGACCAACUGGGUAACGAGGUGGUGGGCAGCGACAAUCCUGAGGUCAGGGCGAGUGUUCACCACUUACACAUCAUCGACAAUCAACAGACACUCUUUCAACUGUCACACAAACUGGAGCCACGCGCCUGAACACACACACUCCCAGAGGAACUUUUGACCUCCACAGAACCACAGAAAAUACACUUCCUGUAUCAAAGGUGCCAUGCGAGCCACUGUCUCUCAGCCAAUCACAGUUCAACAUCCUGAAAUAGCCAGCCAACCACACUUCAGAAGACUGAUUCAGCCAGCCAACCACAGAGCUGCACACUGAGGCGGCGUUCAGACUGAAAAUGAAUAUCUGGCAAAACCUAAAUUCAGAUUGUUUUUCUAUGAGGGUCAAACGUUGACGGAUGAGAAAGAUGAGAUGGGAGAGGAGAGGAGAGAGAGAGAGAGAGAGAGGGAGAGGGAGAGAAUAGAAAGCCUUUGAAGAGGACAGGCAGCCAUUCGUUAUUGUUCUGUGGUGAAUACAGUCGUUAAGCUACUCUCCAGUUACUGAGACUGCGUGUUGUUCUGUUUCUGCUCUGAAAUGAACAGUCAGUUUCACUGUAUUGAGGAUCGUCGGCAGGGGAAACGGUCAUGUGACUGCAGAUAUUAAUGGAUGGUAUAAAUGUACAGUGUGUAUAUAUGGACAGAGUAGACAUACAGUAGAUGUGUCCUGUGUGUGUUCAGGCCACAUGGUGAGCCUCUGGAUGUUGCCAAAUGCCCAGAUGGGAAAGAGAUGCCAUAUUGGGCUAUACAGACGCACGGCUUUUCACAUGUCUCCAUAGUAACAACAACAGCCUGGUCCUGCCAUACCAUAAAAGGUCAUAACAUUACACAUUGUUAUUAGAUGUUAUAACAUGGUAUUAUAGAGAGUUAUUAUAUUGUUGUUACACUUUUACUGACUGAAGAGAUUGUUCUGUUAUUUCAAUGCCUGUUACACACAGAUUUCACUAAGCAACAUGGCCUGGGUUCAAUCCCAGCCAAUGCAUUUUACACUGAUCUAGAACAUUACCCUGUUAAGGCUUGGCGUAGUCACACUGACUGAUCUAGAACAUUACUCUGUUAAGGCUUGGCGUAGUCACACUGACUGAUCUAGAACAUUACUCUGUUAAGGCUUGGCGUAGUCACACUGACUGAUCUUGAACAUUACUCUGUUAAGGCUUGGCGUAGUCACACUGACUGAUCUAGAACAUUACUCUGUUAAGGCUUGGCGUAGUCACACUGACUGAUCUAGAACAUUACUCUGUUAAGGCUUGGCGUAGUCACACUAGUACAUGCACAUGUAUCUACAGUAUUCAGGUGUUUAGGAGCAGGGCAGCACUGCUAUAGGACUAUUUAUUGUGAUAGUGACUGUAUUUAUGUUUCUCUAAAGGAGACAGACUGUGACGGUCCUGUGUGCCAGAUGAGACGGCAGCUGUAUAAAGACAAUAAUAAGUGUAAAGCUGUAAAGCUAUACAGGGUAACGGUGAGAUGUGUAAAGAUAGUGAACUGUGUAUACAAAGGUUUGAAGUUGGAGCUGAAAUGCUGGAAUGUUUAAAACAGGAGACAAGGAAAUUAUUGUUACUGUCCUGUGUGAUGUCAUAAUGGGGGGAGGGGCGACAGAGGGAAAAAAGAACCAAUGAAAAAGAGAGUUUUGUUGUUGUUUUCUUGCCGUGGUCAUGACGAUGUAAAGUUCUGUUUUAAAGAAUGUUGUUGUGUUUGCAUGACGUGACGACCCCAUGAGAUCACAAUGCAAGACCACAGAUCCUAUUCUAUAAUGCCCUACGUUUGACCAGAACCCAUGUGGCCCUGGUCAGAGUAGUGUACUAUAUUAUAGGGAAUUAGGGAGCUCUGGUUAAAAGUAGUGUACUAUAUAAGCCAGGGAAUAGUGUGCCAUUUCAGAUUUGCUAUAAGGCUUUAUUCUUCUGUAAUAUUGUUGACUUGUUAAUAUGGAUAAUGUUAUUACUAUAAUGUAGGGUUUCCCAACCCUUUCCUCAGGUACUGGCAGAUAUUUCACAUUUUAGUUUUAACCCUAAACUGCCAACCACAUUCAGUUAGUCAACUAAUCAUCAACCCUUUAACUAAUUGAAUCAGGUAUGCCAGUUCAGGGUUAAAUGUGAAACGUUUAGGGGAGGCCAGAUGAAAUAGUUGGGAAACACUGCUAUAAUGUUAUUAUUAUUAUUAUUAUGAUGUUUGAGAUGUUAUUAUUUAUCUGUUUAAAAGUAGACUCCCCAAUAUGACAUCAUAAAGGAGCGGGUCAACUGCUUAUAGCAACAUCAUCAUCAACAGAAUUCAAUGCUGACACUAUUGGCUCUGCAACUAUUUGUCUCCAAUUUGUGCCCUCCCUUGAGGAGAUUUGAAUUCUGUUAUUGUUUCUGUUUCCCCGCUGUAUAUGAUGCCAUAUUGCUGAGUGUACCUUUAGGGAGAAGAGAAACACAGAGCAAUAUGCCCCUAACUGCUGAAGCCACUCGUCUUUUCUAAAGAGCGUUUUACUACAUCAAAGUUUUACUUGAGAUGAUGAAUAAAUUAUAGGUUUUAUGUCAUAUUAAACAUUGUGUCGCUG